UUUUCACUUUUUUUUUUUAUUGAUUUUGACGCAAUCGUUCAAUUUAAAACGUUCAAAAUUCUACUUAUAUUAUUAUUUUUCUUGCUAUACUGCACACACAGACACGUCGCUGCCUGCACACUUUCUCGCUGUGCGCUAAACAGGUUAUCCGCGUAAGAAAGAAGGUACACACACAACACUGAACAAGGAAACGCAAGACUCAACACGUUCACGCAGGGUCGCGCUCUAAACAAUUGCGAGCAGACGAAUUAUACCUAGAAAAAACAUAAAGAACACGCACGGAUUAUCAGUACUGCCCUUUCCCCCUCCCUGUCCUUUUAUUCGUUUGGUACAAAUUACACAUACAAACUGGUUGUUGUUUGGCUUGUUUGUUAUUUUUUUUUCUGUGGACCCUAAAAAUGUCACACUCUCGCACAUUCCGCCACGGCAGCAAUAGACACUCGUCCAGGCGCAGGGACUCUAGAUCCCCCGACAGACAGCGGCAGCGGUCGCCUAGUCGCCACCGCCUGAACUCCAGACAUGCCCACGGUCGGUCGCCAUCGCCGCCACCGAGGCAGCAGCGCACAGCGAGUCGGACCUCGACAGACGCGAACGAUAGCAGAGCAAUUCCUGCGAUUAGAUCUGUCAAAAGUCACACACCCACGACACCAGAAGCUAAGGCGGAUGCCGCAGACGAUGCCGAGAGCCUGAAAAAGAUGUCCGUGAAGGAGCGGCUGGCCAUGUGGAAGAAGCGCAAGGAGGAGGCCAAGUCUUCUGUCGAGCAGACGCCAGCAGAGAGAAUCACCGAGGAUGUGCGGACAGUCAGUCGGGCGUCGUCAGCUGCUGACGAUGGCAGCAGUGCUGUGUUUGUCACCGCGCCCGGAUCUGUCGUGUCCCAGUCACAGCCGACGAGUGAGGCUGGCUUUGAGUCCCUGCCGGUUACACCAGGCCCGAAUACUGCGCCGUUGGCAAAGUCCACAUUAAAACUCGGCACAGGGAUCCCCGUCGGUGCUGCCUCGCUUGGCGGUGGCAUACGGUCCAAGCCAUUGGGCGGCCUGAUGAGAAUGAAGCUUGGAAGGCCCGGUCUCGGUGUCCACCGUCUGCAGCCGCUUUCGGCCCUGGGAAAAGGCGUCUUUGGCGCGGAUGCAGACGCGGAUGGUCAAAAUGAGGGCAGCGGUGAUGCCUCCCAGCGCCGGCGUCCGCUAGUUAUGCUGUCGGCCGAAGAGCAUAUUUCUCAGCCGAAUGCUGACCCUACGAAGGCAAUGGACGUCGACGAUCCCGCUGUCGAUCCGUUGGAGGAGUACAUGCAGGGCGUUACCUCGGAGGUCAAUGGCAGCCAUAGUCAAUUGGACGAGGCUUUAUCUGCAGACCCAGCGAUUGGGCCAAACGCCACAGGCGCGCAGACACUGGCUGGUGACGAGGGCAAUUUCAGCGACGGGGCUCCUGAGGACUCGGAGGAUGUUCUGGCGCUGGCUGCUCGGCGCCUGAAGAAGAAGGAGCUGGCUAUUGUCGACCACUCCAAGAUCACCUACGAGAGCUUCAAGCGGAACUUUUACAUCGAGCCAGCAGAGCUGCGCGACAUGACGAAGGAGGAAGUGGACAUGAUGCGCGUGGAUCUCGGCGGAAUCAAGAUCCGUGGCGAAAACCCGCCCAAGCCGGCGACCAACUGGUCGCACUUUGGACUGCCCUCUGCGUGUGCUGACAUUAUCAGACACCAGGGGUUCGAGAAGCCGACGCCGAUCCAGGCGCAAGCGGUGCCAGUCAUACUGAGCGGGCGGGAUAUGAUCGGCGUGGCAAAGACUGGUUCGGGCAAGACGUUGGCCUUCAUUCUCCCCAUGCUGCGGCACAUUAAGGCCCAGCGGCCGUUGGCGCAGGGCGAGGGCCCGAUUGCCCUGGUCAUGACCCCGACGCGCGAGCUUGCUGUGCAAAUACACCGCGAGUGCAAACCGUUUCUCAAGCCACUGGGCUUGCGCGCCGUGUGCGCCUACGGCGGGUCGGCAAUCAAGGAUCAGAUAGGUGAGCUCAAGCGUGGCGCCGAAAUUGUCGUGUGCACGCCCGGACGCAUGAUCGACCUGCUGAGCGCCAACUCUGGGCGCGUCACCAACCUGCACCGCGUCACUUACCUGGUGCUCGACGAGGCUGACCGCAUGUUCGAUAUGGGAUUUGAGCCGCAAGUAUCCAAGAUCACCCAGAGUGUGCGCCCGUCGCGACAGACCGUGUUGUUCUCGGCCACUUUCCCUCGUCAGAUGGAAGCACUUGCGCGAAAGAUCCUCCGCCGCCCGCUGGAGAUUGUCAUUGGCGGCCGGGCGUUGAUUCCGCCAGAGGUAGCGCAGCAUGUCGAGGUGGUGGAGGCCAAGGACAAGUUUAUCCGCCUGCUGGGCAUUCUUGGCCAGACAUUCAAUGAUAACGGCGAGUCCCUCGUCAUCAUAUUCGUUGAUAGACAGGAGGCGGCCGACGGGCUGUUGCGCGACCUGAUGCGGCGAGGGUACGUGUGCAACUCGCUUCACGGCGGCAAGGACCAGACAGACCGUGACCAGGCGAUUUCCGAUUUCAAGAACCGCGUGUACUCAGUCCUCAUUGCCACCAGCGUUGCGGCACGUGGCCUGGAUGUGCGUGGCCUUAAUGUUGUCAUUAACUUUGAUUGUCCCAAUCACAUGGAGGAUCUGGUUCACCGGGUUGGUCGGACUGGAAGGGCCGGCAAUAAGGGCGAUGCCUACACGUUUAUCACACCAGACCAGGACCGCUAUGCCAACGAGGUUGUCAAAGCACUGAAGCUCAGCGGUCUGACACCGCCUGAUGACGUGCAGGCCAUGGCAGAUGCGUUUAUAGAGAAUGUGCGGCAGGGCAAGGAGCGGCAUGGCGGCAAGUCUGGGUUUGGCGGCAAGGGCCUGGAGAAACUCGACAAGGACCGCAAUAUGGUCAAGAAGAUCCAAAAGAUCACCUACGGCGCUGCCGAUGGUGAGACCCUGGACGAUGACGAUGACGACGACAAGGACGGUGAUGCAGGCAACCAGGGCGAGGCCGACAGCGACGGUGAGUCUACAGUUGGCCUGGGCAAGCACAGAGCUAAGGGUAAAGAUGGCGAGGUUGUUCGCCGCCUGCCCGCCAUAUCCAGAUCGACCACUGCGGCUGCUGCGUCGCCAGCUGUUGCGAGUGCAAACUCAGGCUCGGAGGUAACCUCUACCAAUGAAGCAUUGCAGCAGCCUGCGCUUCCGGAGGGCUUGCCUGCGGCUGCUCGUGCGGCUCUUCUGGCAGCGCAAGCGGCUGCGCGCCGCCUUAACAUUGCCAGCAGUAUUGCCAGCGACCCGCAGUCAGCACCAGUAUUGAGUGCAGUCGAGCAAAUUAACCAGCAGCUUGGCAUUACCACGGCUACUCCCGGCCAUACCGACGCUCCCCUCUCGGCGGCAGCAACCACAGCAGCAGCAGCAGUGACAACGGCAACAGCGCCCAAGAUGCGCACAAGCAACUCCUCUUUGAUCAAGGAUCCGGCGUCCAGCAAGGAUGCCUCGACUCCGGGCCAUGCACCAGCAUCGGGCGCCAAUGCAUCCAUCCCCAUGGGCGCCAAUGCAUCCAUCCCCAUGGGCGCCUAUGGGUGCGAGCUGGAUAUCAACGAUUAUCCGCAAAAGGCGCGCUGGCGGGCCACUAACCGCGAAACACUAUCGCAGAUCAUUGAGCAGUCUGGCGCGGCCAUCACCACGCGCGGAAUCUUUGUGCCGCCUGGGAAACCCGUGCCUGAGGGCGAGCGCAAGCUCUAUUUGUCCAUCGAGUCUGAUUCUGAACGGUCUGUCGAGCAGGCCAAGAACGAGAUUAAGCGGAUUCUAACCGAGGCUACUUUGCAUAUCAUGGAGCAAGAGGCUCGCGCUGGUGGCACUAGUGGACGUUAUUCCGUUGUUUAAGAUUGGUUUUUUUUUUAGGCUUUAGUUUUUUGAUUGAUUUUUUGGCCUUAUUUUUAUUAUUGUGCUGGUACAAGUGA